AUGUUUGGGUUAGCAAAGAAAUUGGUGUCGACAAUCGAAAAUCAAGCGUCGAACUAUCUCAGUAAUGGAGUCUCUAAUAUAAACAAUCGUCCAGGUGUGGAUUUGACAGACGGUGUUGGAUUAAGAGUUCUUCAUGUUGAAAAGGGUUCUCUUGGAGAAAAGUAUGGAUUUGAAAGUUGGUUUGAUUUCAUUACCGCAGUGAAUGGAAAGCCAAUAGAAACUUUUUUCAGAAAAGGUACGGCUCUUAAUAGCAAUCCAUAUUCUGGAAUGAAUCCUGGCGAGCAGCCGCAAGUUCAGUCGGUGGAAUUGCAGCAACAAUUUGACAAGAUAAAUAUUGACCCAGUGAACGUUGAUUUUUCACUUUUCUUGGACUUUUUAAACUCCGUCAUCAAUGUGUAUCAUGAUGAUCUUAUAUUUACUGUCUGGUCUGCUAAAGGUGGCGUUGAGAGGCAAAUAACCAUUCCAAACGGAUUAUUACACCUUGAGAGAAAAAGUCAGCUUGAGGAAGUUAGUCUUUCCCCUCAAACCUCCAGAAAUAAUCAGAAGCCUGUUACGUGUUCUUCGUUAAAAAAUAUACAAAUUAGUCUUCAACUUACGGUACUAUCUGCUUCUUCGUUUGUUUGGCAUAUUCUUCAUGUGCAGCCUAAUUCUCCCGCUUUUGUCGCAGGAAUAAUGCCAGAUGAAUACAUAAUUGAUUGUGAGAACGGCAAAUUAUCAACUGGCGGAGAAGAUUUAUUAGGUAGGGUUAUUGUUGCCGCGUACAAUAGAUGGAAACUGCAGAGUACUAAUAGCAACGACGCGGAACCUUGUUCAUUGGUUCUUUACGUUUAUAAUCACGAUUAUGAUAUAAUACGUCCAGUGACAAUAUAUCCAAAUGAACACUGGGGUGGUAGAGGACUUUUAGGAUGUGAUAUUGGUUAUGGCCUUCUACAUCGUAUUCCUGAAGUACUAGGUAAGUUUGCCGCUGGAAAAGCAUCUUCUCCACCGCCAAAUUUUGCGCCUGGAAGUGUGAUGUUCAACCAAAAAAAUCAGCUAAAUGGAAAUCCUGAUCAGAAUAAAGAUGCCAUACCUUCAAAUUCUACUCUUCUGCCAGCGACCGAAAAAUUACUUCGUCCGGCUGCUAGAGCACCUUUAUUUAGUAACUCCCAGGUCAGUCUUGAUGAUGCAAACACUGCAACAAAGCCUCCUCUUCCUCCUGUCAAAAGUCCUAGAAAAGUUAGGCAUAAAAGUAAAUCAAAAUCCGAUAAAAGUAGGGCAUCAGCCCUAGAAGACUAUUUCAAAGAGGAGACAGAGAAAUCAAGAGCCAUAGAUGGUCCAUCUGCCAUUUCUAAAACAAGUUCUGGCGCUGUCCCUCCUCCUCCUAGAAUCGGGACAAGAAAAACUGAAGAAAAGUAG